AUGUGAAAGAUCCAAGCCAAUCCAACUUCCAAGCCACUCGGCCCUUUGCGCAUGUAGCAUCCGCUGGUCGCGCCACGAGGGAUUCGCGCUUGAGACAUAGCUUCGUUUCAUAAUUUGUAUAUCAAGAAUGACGAAAACCACCAAAUCUGCUGCAAAAGCAAAGCCACAUAAGGGCGAUGCCAUUCUAAAGAAAGGGGUGCUAUACAUCAAGCAUAUUCCUCAUGGGUUCUACGAAGAAGAAAUGAAGAAAUAUUUUUCGCAGUUCGGUAAAGUCACCAAUCUCCGGCUGUCACGGAGUGGAAAGACAGGUAGGAGCCGUGGCUACGCCUUUGUGGAGUUCCUGUCCGAAGAUGUCGCCAAGAUUGCGGCCGAGACCAUGGAUGGGUACUUGCUCUUCAACAAGAUUCUCAAGUGCAGUGUGCUGCCGCGAGAUCGGGUGCCAAAAGGCCUGUUCAAAGGUCUCAACUUCCCAUUCCCGGUGCGCAAGGAGGUGGUGCGCAUUGUGAAUAACCGGCGCCGCAGCACAGAAGAGGACAGCCGCAGUGCACAGCGGCGGCUGGCGAGGCUGCAGCGUAGCAAUGCCCGGCUCAGCAAGAUGGGACUGAAGUACCAAUUCCAGCCAGAGGUGCCUGAAGAACUGCUGCGGCCGACGGAGGCUGACGCUUCCGGCUCGUCGGGGUACAACCUAGUGGUGGACAGCAGCGACACCAGCCUCACCUUCAAGACCCCCCCAGGAGCCAAGAGGGUGUUGAGAAAGAGGUCGCUCAUUGACAUCACCCCCCAGCAGGGCAAGAAGACCCCUCGGCAGGACAAGAAGACCCUUCAACAGGGCAAGAAGACCCCCCUCCUCACGUCCACACCAGCAACGGCAACCAAACGCAAGAAGCCACAGUAAAUGCACUCGUCUGAUC